AUGACUCCUCCUGCUGAGCAAGCAUUCAGUAGCAGUUACUGGUGUGCAGGGACAAGAAAAGUGGCCAAACCUUUCUGUAAAGGAGACAGCAAAGGGAAUCUCUGCAUCCGUUUCAACAGCCCCGAGGGCAACAACAGCCAAGCUGUGCAGUACAUCUGGGAGACAGGAGAUGACAAGUUCGUGGAGACAAAGUUCCAUGCUGGGAUUUGGUACUCCUGUGAAGAGCUGAUCAAUGAAGAUGGUGAGAAAUGUAGAAGCUUUAUCAGUCUGACUCCAUCUUCUGAUCGAGGUCUUCUGGGCAUGGUGGCUCACAUGAUGUACACAACUGUAUUUCAAAUGACUGUCAACCUUGGACCUGAAGACUGGAGACCUCACACAUGGGAUUAUGGCUGGUCCUACUGCCUGGCCUGGACUUCCUUCGCUUGCUGUAUGGCUGCAGCUGUCACCACCCUCAACAAAUACACCAAAACUAUUCUGGAGUUCAAGCACAAAAGAAAAAAGCUGGAAAGGAGUUUGAGGAUUAAAUAUAUGUUCCCUGACUAUCUAGCUCCAGAGAAAUCUUGCAAUGUAUAUGUGAACUCUUUCCAGAACAGCACUGAGGACCCCACACAGACAAUGAGAGGGUUGAGGCACUUGGCCACCAUCUCAGUCCUGUAA